AUGCCUUCGGACCUGGUCCCUACCUCGAUAGGUGUGCUUGUGCUUGGUGGAUACACGCUGUACCACGCUCUCACGCGUCUCGCGCAAUGGUACACAUACUGGCUGGCCCUUGUGCAUCACUGGCAGAAGGACGUCGCGCCUGUGUGUGCUUUGGCUGAACGUACGGUCUCGCUCUACACGCAAGCGCCAUACCUAUGGACAAAGUCAUGGCAGCAAUCGACGGCUACGGCUUCGCGUGUGCUGGUAGAGACGGUGACGCGCUUGCUUUUGGGCAUUCUUGAUGUGUUGCAUGUCGUUGGCACGAUCCUAUGUGACUCGUACAAGUCUCUCCUCCUAUGUACUAUUCAGCUUGUGAUCCAAGGUGUGCUUUCCAUCUUGGAUGCUGCGUCGCAUAUCGUUGCAGCGGCUGUUCAUGACGCUGCACAAGCGCUGCAUGCGUUUCUCGCCAGUGUGCUCCAACUCACGCAGGGGGCAUCCGAUAUCGCUACUGAUACGCUCAAUCAAGUCUUGGGCUUGUUUGGGCACCAUGUAGCCCCGCCUACCAUCCAAGAACCCGAUGCUAUGCGCGUGCUCAACAACAUCACCAUCCCGUCCUCCCUGGUGGACCCUUUCCAGCGCUUGCAGUCGCAAAUCCCUACUGUCGAUACAUUGCGAACAGAUGCAGAGGACGCAUGGGCCCUGAUGCUGAACCAGACCAAGCUACGUGUGAAUCAAACGCUUCAGACUAUGGUCUUCCACGGGCCCACCGUGCCUGCCGCCCCUUUGUCGACGUCGCCCUGCGAUACCCUCAAUGCGACAUGGGUUACAGCGGUGCCCGCCGAUCUCUACGAUGUCGUCCGCCAUGCGUAUUUCCGCGUCGCACUGACGAUGGCCCUCCUCUUGUUCUUUGCAUGGGGCCUCGUGCUGUGCGUCCAAGUCCUACGCCGACCGCCUGUAGACUGUGCCUGCGAUGAGCCUGAGAAGCAUCCAUAUCGGCUACCAUGGUACACCGUAUGGUGGCAAUGGUGUCAGACGCCGUUGUCGUUAUGCCUCGUAGCGUUUCUGUGCCUGGAACUGAUCGGAUUGGCCCUCACCGCGUGGAUCUUGCGUGCGCUCACGCAAACGCUGCGCCAUGGCCUUCCGGCUGACAUCUCGCUGGUGCCCACGCCGCCCUGGGCUGACUACCUUGAGCGCACACUGCCUGACACUGUGCACGCUACACAGACGCAGCUCGAUGCAGCUUCCGCAACGCUCAACGACGCGCUCUUUGGCUGGCUGCAUCAAGCUGUGCCCCUUGCCCAGCAAGUGCUCGAAGGCGUGGAAGGGCUCGUGUCCGAUACGAUCCGUGAUCUGUUGGGGCCAACACCGCUCCGCACCCCUGUCACACAGUUUGCCAACUGCGUCUUGGGCCACAAAAUUGAGGCGGCCGAGCAUGCACUCACAUGGCUCUCGACGCACGCCUAUCUCCAGCUGCCCUCCCUGCCGUUCGAGAUUAUUGCAUCCUACGACGCUACGUGA